AUGAGUGAAUUGUGGGAAGAUGACGGAUAUCAGCAUGCUUAUCAUUCAUAUCAAAAGAAUGAGGAAGCGGAGGAGGGGGAGGAGGAGGAGAAGGAAGAGGAUGGAAAUGUACGACAAGAUAGCACUGAUGAUAUUGGUGGUAGUAGGGGCGGAGCCGUAAUUUUACCCGCUAUUGUUGCCGCCGGCCGAUAUGCGGUCAUGGUUGCGGCUGCUGUCCAACAGCAAAUGCGGUGUUGUAUGCCCGCCGUGGUAGAUAAUCAACUUCAAAAAUUCGAAACUGACUCAGAAAUCAGGCAGCUUGUUGGUCCAUCACAAAUAGCUUUUGCCGGAUUGCCGCAUGCACCACCGGUGGAACGACGUAACGCAUUAUUACAAAGUUGUACUAAUCGACAACAACCUCGUUUACCUAUCACGUUUACGCAGUUUGGUUAUAACAGUGAUUUUCCCUUAUCUUCAUGUACAGUUGGUCAAGAGGAGAUAACUUUUGAAAGCCGAUUCAUUCUGAAUGGUGUCUGUGUAAUUCUACGUGGUAUCCUGAAUCGUGAACUAAUGACAGGUUCCAGUACUUUACAAUUUGAUGAAGAAAAAGCUGCGGAAGAGGAACUUCGUCGACAACAAGCAAUGCAACAAUAUGGUGAUCGGAUACAUGCCAUUCGGCAAAGGUUUAAUUUGCCGCAAAGUUGA